AAUACAUGUUAAUAAUAGAACAGGCAGCCUUCCACACUCCAGUGAAGAAGACAUGAUUUCUGACAAUUGACUCCUAAAAGGAAUCAAGCUUUUCCCUAAUAUGACCCUGUAGCGGGUGUUUUGCUCUCUGUUUAACUCAUCUCAUAGAGAGAGAGAGUUUUUAGCUUUCCAUCUUUAGGGAAAAAAGGAAGUGCCCUAAUGCUUGAUACACCGCUUGAUACACCCCACCUGUACGGUGGGAUGGGUGGAGACACCACCGUUCAAAAAAAUGACACAUUGUGCUCCGACCUUUCUCAGUGGGUUUUAAGAGAGGAUUUAUAAUGUAUCACCUGUAGAGCUCUAAAGGAUUCUGAAGUCAGGAGGUCGUGCUGAUUCUGAAGAUUAGAUAUGGUGACCGGGCCCCUAGCUAUGUAACAAUUAUAGAUUCUAACAAUGUUAUUAGAACGCCACCAUUGAAAAAGGGCUACAUUUUGACCAGGUACAAAGUCCGGAUUUUGGAACAAAGGUGUGACAUUAACUUGGUGGAGUACCUGACUCUAUCUCACACCAGUGGUGCCUAAGCUUGGACUCUCAACCAGGGAUCAUUUGUGAGAUAUGGACCAGAUUAAUGCGUCCACUGUGUAUGGGGCACAGAUGUCAUUUUCCAGUUGGACCCACUGCGGACCUGCCGAACCCAAAUGCAUGAGUGGAAUAGCGGUGCACUGACCUGGAUCAACAUGGAUUUGGAGCCUUUGGGGGUCCCUAACGCUACACAGCAGCCCCCCUAUCACUUAACACACAGUUAGGUUUAGAAGAUGAGAAGAACAUGGAGACUCUUCGGCACCAUGAAAGACUGGCAAUGCUUUGUAUGUUGGUCCUCGGCCUUGUGGCGUGGGCACAGUGCCAAACCCCAUGUGAAAUCAAUGCAAAUUAUGCCAACUGCAAAGGGAGGAGUCUUGCCACAGUCCCAAAGGAGCUUCCUGCCACCCUUGUGGAGCUGGAUCUGUCCUACAAUAGACUUUCCCAAAUCAAAUUGGAUGACUUUGCAUUCUUCACUAAUUUACGAGCAUUAAAUUUGAGUUAUAACAACAUCUCUGUCAUAGAAAAUGGCUCUUUUGCAUCCAAUGCUCUUCUGACCAACCUCACCCUGUUCAACAACAGCCUGACGGAGAUGCCUUCAGCCUUGUUUGAACCUCUGAAGUUCCUGCAGGUUCUUGACAUUUCCAAUAAUUUCUACAAUUGCCCUACUCUUGGGGCAGAAUUCAGCAUGUUGGAGAAUCUACAGAGUUUGUCUGUUGGUGGCCCAUUAGUCAGUAAGGUCCUGAAAGAUGAUUUUGCCCCCAUAAAGAACAUUAGCCUCCAAAAGUUUUCACUGAAGACCAUGUCCAGUCUUGGGUUUUAUGAACAGGGGGCAUUUUCAGUUCUCAACACUCAAACACUAUGGUUGGAUAUUGCUCUUGAUACAAACCCACAAGCUCUGCCUCGAAUGUUAAAGGACCUGGCAGGCAAAUCAUUUGACAGCCUUCGUUUCAGAAACUUAUUUGAGUUCACUUAUUAUAUGGAUGCUUUGGAUGUGUUCUCUGGCCUCGCUGACAUUUUCAUUGGGGAGUUGACCUUCUACCGUGGGAAAUUUAAUGAGAACCUGUUGCGUCUGACCUUAAAAAACAUGGAGAAGUCCAGUGUCCAAGACCUUUUGCUGUUGUCCAUUGACUAUGCUCGUUCUCUGAGCACCAAUAGGACAAGUGUAAGAAUUAAGGAUCUUGGUCUGAGAAAUCUGGUCAUCAAAGACGUGACUAACCCUGACAUCUUGAGGUUUGACUGGACAUUUACUUGGUUCAGUAGGGUGAGCCACCUCUACAUCAUCAAUGUCAACUUCAAUUUUGUACCCUGCGAUGCCUGGAGUCAGAUGGUGAGUGUUGAGGAGCUGGAUAUAUCCAACAACCGCCUUUUGGCUUCAUAUCUUUACAACCUCUUGUGCCAGUACAGUGAACUUCCCAACCUCCAUACAUUCAUUGCUGCAAAUAACAACAUGCGCAGCCUGUAUACAAUCUCUUUAUUGACUUCGACUUGGCCAAAGCUGGACACUCUUGACCUGACGUCGAAUUACCUUGGAGCUCGCGAUGAGAUUUGUACAUGGACUCCUAAAAUAACAAAGCUCAUUUUAAAGGACAACACCCUUAAAGUGGAGGUAUUCAAGUGCUUGCCUGUGACAGUAGAACAUCUAGAUAUGUCCAACUCUCUGUUGGAACGACUAGACAUGGACUAUUUUAACAGGGCUAUGAACCUCAAGGAACUGAUUCUCAGCCAAAACAAAAUAAAAUUUAUAUCUAGAGACUGGAAGUGCCCGAACCUUCAAGUGCUGGCCUUAGAAGGAAACUCAUUUGGUGUCAUCGACAAGGGAUCUUUUAAAGAUCUGCCAGAGCUCAGAAGGUUGACUGCAGGAGAUAAUCCAUAUCAUUGCACCUGUGACCUUUAUGCCUUUUUCACAGAAACUUUAAAUGAGCAUAAAAUCUUGCUUUCUGAUUGGCCUGGAGCAUAUAAUUGCUAUCACCCACCACAGCUUCUAGACACCAAAGUGGAAUUUUACACCCCUGGGAGGGUUGAGUGUGAUGUAAGACUGGUGGUGGCUAUAUCGGUGUCUACUACAGCUGUGGUGGUUAUCCUCUGCAUGUUAUUGUGCUGGAAGUUUGACGUGCCGUGGUAUCUCCGGACAACAUGCAGCAUAGUGCAGUCCAAAUACCGUUCUAGGAGUUUUCAUGAAGGUGGAGAAUGCAACUACCAUGCCUUCAUCUCCUACAGUCACUCUGAUGCCGACUGGGUGAGAGGGGAGCUGCUUUAUCGGCUGGAGAGCUGUAGCCCCCCGUACCGAGUCUGCAUUCACGAGAGAGACUUCCUCCCGGGGAGAUGGAUCAUUGACAAUAUCAUCGAGAAUAUUGAGAACAGCCGCAAGAUCAUCUUUGUUCUCUCCCACAACUUCGUCAACAGUGAGUGGUGCAAUUAUGAACUGUACUUUGCCCACCAGAGGGCUAUUGGCCAUGCUUUUGAGGAUGUCAUCUUGGUGGUCAAGGAGAAGGUCACUAUGGAAGACCUUCCAAAGAGGUUUCACAAGCUCAGGAAAAUGUUGAGGACCAAGACCUACCUUGAGUGGCCUUCAGAGCAGAACAGACAGCCUUUCUUUUGGAUUCAGCUUAAGAGUAUUUUGGGCAAGGCCAGUCCUGUUGUUACAACCCAAGCGAGCCUGUCUGUGGUGAGUGAAACUGUUGCUUUUGGCUCUUGUUCCGUCUCGGGGGCUCCAUUAGUACAACUCAGCAAAACGAGCAGCUGAUCCUUCCCAAAAUAUCUUUCCAUGUUGAUGUGUAUAUUGUGUUUAUGAGGUUCUAGAGGUGACUCAUGAACAAGAAGCUCAAAUGGUCUACACAUUCAUUUCUGUUUUAUAUGGAUUAUAAUGUUAUGGUCAUAAUUAUCUUGUGGGAUCGUUCUAUAGCCUGACUGCCCUUACAGUAAUGAAGCCCUUCCUAUGCUGAUGGAGAUAUCUCGGGUAUCUUCUGGUCACCUGCACCAGGCCCGGAGCCAUGUCUUACUGAUGUCUUCUCUGUGGUGUAAGGGGCAAAUUCACUAAGAUGCGAAGUUGCGCCAGGCGCAACUUCGCCGCACUUCGCCAGGCGUAGUUUCGCUAGCGCUCCGCAAAUUCACUAAAAUCCGAAGUUGCGCUUA